AUGAGAGUUUUUACUCCGAUCCCUAUGUUAAACUGUAAUACACAAAACACAGAGUACAAUGAGGAUUUCCUGUAUGAGAUCAAACUUCCAGAGCUGGCGAAGAAGACACUGGAGAUCACAGUGUGGGACAAAGACAUUGGCAAGGCUAACGACUUCAUAGGUGGAGUCCAGUUAGGGAUCAACUCAAAAGGGGAGCGGCUCAAACACUGGUUUGACACGCUGAAGAAUCCUGACCAGAAAUUUGAAAGAUGGCAGAUGUUGUCAGCCGAACUGAUUCCUGAGGUUCAAUUAACAUCCUAACAUCGUAACGUGGUUGUCCUCCUGCAUGUGUUUAUGUUCCGGAUGAAUACUAGAUUUGCUCAUAAAACCAGUGCCCCAAUCAGUGCCAGACUCAAGGUAACAACCCAGGCAAUGCCCCAACGCCAAGUGUAGCUCAUGGUAACCACUCAACUUUAGAAUCUCCACCAUACAGUUUGUCAUAACAGAUGUCAUCAUCCUCCAACAGAUGUUGUCAUCCUUCAGAUGUUAUUGUCAUCCUUCAGAUGUUGUCAUCCUUCAACAGAUGUAAUUGUCAUCCUCAUCCUUCAACAGAUGUCAUCCUUCAACAGAUGUCAUCCUUCAACAGAUGUCAACAGAUGUCAUCCUUCAACAGAUGUUGUUGUCAUCCUCAUUCUUGAACAGAUGUUGUUAUCAUCAGUUAUCAGCUUCUGAAGUUUCUCAGAAUAUUCAACAUUCCUUAAGUUACCAAAAAACCGCUCGAGUUUCAGAAACCAAGGCUUGAUGGCCUCCUUUGAAAAUGUCUCGAAUGUCCUUCAAUAACUAAGAUACGCUUAAUCGUCAUAUCUUCAACAAUGUUGUUAUCUCUUAUAAAAUUAGGAUCCUGUGGUCAGUGAUGCACCGAUUCAGUCAUUGAUAUAAUCGUAGUGAAAGUUGUCUAAUCCAACCCCUGUAGGAUCUGACAAAUUGCAGGGAUUAGACAGGGUGUUAUACUACUCAGGGGUCUUACUAGAAAAACUCCACUGAUGUGCCAGAUUACACAGCUUUUACUGAGGGGUCGGGUUAGACAAAUUUCAUUAAGGGGCCAGAUUACACAGGUUUUACUGAGGGGUAUGGUCAGAAAGAUUCACUAAGGAGCCAGAUUACACAGGAUUUACUGAGGGGUUGGGUUAGACAAAUUUCAUUAAAGGGCCAGAUUACACAGGUUUUACUGAGGGGUAUGGUCAGAAAGAUUCACUAAGGAGCCAGAUUACACAGGUUUUACUGAGGGGUCGGGUUAGACAGAUUUCACUAAGGGGGCAGUUUACACAGGUUUUAAUGGGGGGUUGGAUUAGACAGAUUUAACUAAGGGGCCAGAUUAAACAUGUUUUACUGAGGGGUCUGAUUAGACAGAUUUAACUUAGGGGCCAGAUUACACAGGUUUUACUGAGGGGUCUGAUUAGACAGAUUUCAUGAAAGGGCCAGAUAACAUAGGUUUUACUGAGGGGUCGGAUUAGACAGAUUUCAUGAAGGGGCCAGAUUACAUAGGUUUUACUGAGGGGCCAGAUUACAUAGAAUUAGGUUUUACUGUCAUAUGCAAAUAUAUGUAUGUUACUACAUAAGGAAGGCAUUACAAUCAUCAGGUACUUUUAUAUGUAGGCCAAAUGUUGAAUAUUUCUGUUUUAGGCAAAAUAUUUAAAUAUUUGAUGUGUAGCCAUCUGUUUAUACCUGGCUGUAACAGGUAGUGAUGUGUAGCCAUCUGUUUAUACCUGGCUGUAACAGGUAGUGAUGUGUAGCCAAGUGAACAGUAAUGACAACAUAUUUCUAUUUAUCAUAACAGUUAAAACAGUGUGUAAUACUACAGUGAGAAAAACCACAGCUGUAAAAUAUCUACUGAGUAAUUUCUAUAGGAGAUAACAUUCAAGGCAGUGAGUUAUAUAGGAGAUAACAUACAAGGUAGUGAGUUAUAUAGGAGAUAACAUACAAGGCAGUGGUUUAUAAAGGAGAUAACAUACAAGGUAGUGGUUUAUAUAGGAGAUAACAUACAAGGUAGUGUGUUAUAUAGGAGAUAACAUACAAGGCUGUGUGUUAUAUAGGAGAUAACAUACAAGGCUGUGAGUUAUAUAGGAGA